UAAGGCAAGGGCAGACCCUAUGAAGAGCAACUGAGAGGAGGAGUAUAGCUCUGUAUAGUUUAUGACAGCACAGUGAAUGAGUGUUCAGCACACUGAUGAGAUUUUAGGCUCCAGUUCAUCGGAUCAGUAGAUGUAGUGUCACUUUUACCUGCGCUUAAGGUGCAGCUGAUCUUUCAAAGGUCUCAGCAGAAGCAAGCCAGAAGAAAGAAACUGAAGACUUUUAGCAACUUUUUUUUGGCUUUGUGUCUCAGCGAGGACCUCUCAUUUUCAUACUGCACUACUCUGAGGUGUCAACAUGCUGAAGCAGGUUCUAUCAUUUGGCCGCUCCUUGGUGCGAAGGAAAGUGGUCGACCUAAACAGCCUGGAAGACUCCAAGCUGUGCCGCUGCUUGGGAACAGUCGACCUCAUUGCCCUGGGAGUGGGCAGUACUCUGGGUGCUGGUGUCUACGUACUGGCAGGAGAGGUGGCCAAGGGAGACUCUGGGCCCAGCAUUGUCAUCUCCUUCCUAAUCGCUGCCCUGGCCUCCGUCAUGGCAGGCCUGUGUUAUGCUGAGUUUGGUGCCCGAGUCCCUAAGACUGGCUCUGCUUACCUUUACAGUUAUGUCACUGUAGGGGAGAUUUGGGCCUUCAUCACUGGCUGGAACCUAAUCCUUUCUUAUGUGAUUGGCACCUCCUCAGUUGCUAAAGCGUGGAGUGGCACAUUCGAUGAACUAAUAGGAGGACACAUAGAGAUAUUCUGUAAAACCCACUUCAGCAUGAAUUCUCCCGGUUUGGCUCAGUACCCUGACUUCUUUGCGGUCUGCCUGAUUCUGCUGCUUUCUGGACUUCUUUCCUUUGGAGUGAAGGAGUCAGCCUGGGUCAAUAAAGUCUUUACAUCAAUCAACGUGCUCGUACUCCUGUUUGUCAUCAUCUCUGGCUUUGUCAAGGGAGACGCACAGAACUGGAAGAUAACCGAAGACGCCCUUAUAAAUGUUACCAUAGUUACAAGGAACUUGUCCGUGACCGCCAAUGUGAGCAGCGAUUAUGGCGUUGGAGGAUUCAUGCCCUUCGGAUUCAGUGGGACCUUAGCCGGAGCCGCCACCUGCUUUUACGCUUUCGUUGGCUUUGACUGCAUUGCAACAACAGGUGAGGAGGUGAAGAACCCCCAGAGGGCCAUUCCCACUGGCAUUGUGGUGUCACUGACCGUGUGUUUCUUGGCAUACUUUGGUGUGUCAGCUGCACUCACACUCAUGAUGCCCUACUACCUGCUGGAUGAAAAGAGUCCCCUGCCUAUGGCAUUUGAAUACGUGGGCUGGGGCCCUGCCAAAUAUGUGGUGGCUGUGGGUUCACUAUGUGCCCUAUCUACAAGCCUAUUGGGCUCCAUGUUCCCUCUACCACGCAUUCUCUUUGCCAUGGCGCGAGACGGUAUUCUGUUCAAAUUUAUGUCCAAAGUGAGUAAGCGCCAGUCACCUGUGGCUGCCACCAUGGCGGCAGGUACAACUGCGGCAAUCAUGGCUUUCCUGUUUGACCUCAAGGCCCUGGUGGACAUGAUGUCCAUUGGAACUCUGCUGGCCUAUUCACUGGUUGCUGUGUGUGUACUGAUUCUCAGGUAUCAGCCAGAUGGAGCUCUGGGGCGGCAGGCAGGUAAAGGUGAGAGGGAUUUCCUCGCAUCUGAAGAGGGCGAAUCAGACUUGACAGAGUCAGAGUCCCACCUCAACAUGCUGAAGGGAGGCAGCUCCACACUGCAGGCUGUCCUACACCCCCCUGAGUCCCCUUCUGAGCAUUCGUCCAGUGUGGUCAACAUGUCCAUUGGCGUGCUAGUGCUAAUAGUGUGUGUGGUCAGCUAUCUCACCACAUACCACAUCAACUCCAUUUUGGGUAUGGAAGUGUGGAUCCUCGCAUUGCUGUCCGUGUGUCUCCUCAUCUUCAGCAGCUGCGUCUUUAUGGUUGUCAGGCAGCCUCAGACCAACAAGAAGGUCUCCUUCAUGGUACCCCUUCUGCCUUUUCUGCCUAUUCUGAGCAUAUUUGUCAACAUUUACCUGAUGGUUCAGCUGAGUGGAGACACCUGGAUACGUUUCUCAGUGUGGAUGGCUGUUGGUUUCCUGAUCUAUUUUGGCUACGGCAUGUGGCACAGUGUGGAACGCCAGUGCCAAAUCCAGAGUGGCAAAACACAGGAAAACACCAGGAGCAGCCAGAAGACGCGGGAUAGUGUGGAUGCAGAAGGAAAGGAACAGGAGUCUUUCAUCUGCUCAGAAAAGACCAGCCAGUGUUAAAGGAUGCCAGCUCAUUCACAGACUUUGUGAGGCGACAGAUGCAUAAAAGCACACUGCAGCUAUUCCUGGAUGCGUCUGUACAUACAGCUUCACCGCAAGUGUGCUUCACUUCCAAGCACAUUCAGCCUGCAAAUGCAGCAUCAGUAUUAUUUAUCAGUGGCACAUGAUGAGGAAUCGCUCGAUCACUGGGAUGGGACCACAUCCCACAGGUCACAUUUGUGGAUAGCAUUGAGGGAGAACGGACAGGUAACACACUGGAGAGUGAUUUUGAUUUAUUUUAGAAUUGAAGCAGUCAGUGCGAGGCUGCAGCGAAGCUUUUCCAUAUAUGGACAGGUCUGUACAGGUGGGGCUUUCCACGAAAAGUCUUGAAAUCUGAGCUCGAGUUUGAUGCAUCUUUAGCUUAGUAUAGAGUGUUGAACAAGGCCCAAGAUAUGGUUCUUAGACCUUUCUGAUGAUCAUUAUUUCAUAUGCAUAUAUUUACAAUUACAUAUAUAAUUCUCAUAGCUGUAUAUAAAUCAUAAAAACAUUUAGAGACAUGCACAACUGAAAUAGCUUUGUAGGCACAUAACAUGUCAUGACGUGACUUGCCUGAAAGUAUGCCGAGUGCUGGCAGUAAUUUUCAGUCAUGUUUAGGUAUUAUGUAACAACCCAUACAAACCUUUAUUACAAUCAGUGAGAUCUCUGUAGUUGUUGCUGUGCUCUUAUUUUACUUAUCAAGUUUUUUUCCUUGAGUUUGUUGACUUUGUUACUGUACGAAUAUGAAGAUUGCUCUUGUUCCCCACUCUGUCAGAUAUAUUUUCCUGUUUGCCUGACAUUUUGUGAUAUUUUGAUAUAGAAAUGCUGUUAACGUAUAAUAUUCAUGAAAAUGUUCUCUCUUGUGCGUUGCCACCUAACAAGAAGCACAAUUACAAGUUAAAGUAUUACUGUACAUAAAAUAAACCUGUC